AUGGUAUUUGGGUUCCUCGAGUUCCUGUCGGCCCUGUUCGGCUGGGUGUACACGCUUAGCUGGUCGCUAUCGUUUUACCCGCAGCCGAUCCUCAACUUCAGGCGCAGGUCGACGUCGGGCACCACCAUCGACUUCCCCCUGAUCAACUGCCUGGGCUUCCUGGCCUACCUCAUCUCCAACGCCGCCUUCUACUGGUCGCCCGUCGUGCGCGAGCAGUACGCCGCCCGCAACGGCGGCCACACCCCGGCCGUCGCCUUCAACGACAUCGCCUUUGCCGCGCACGCCCUGCUCCUCUCGCUCAUCACCGCCUCGCAGUACUUCUUCCCGGCGCCCUGGGGCUUCAACCUCCAGGUCAUCAACCGGCCCUCCCGCUUCAUCCUCGGGACCUUCUUUGGCUGCAUCGCCGGCGUGCUCGUGGUCAUCGUGCUCAUCGCGGCCCGCGGCGGAGGCGGCCCGGGGCACGGUGUCGACCCGCGGGAGGACUGGUGCUGGCUCGACGCGGUGUACGCGGUGGGCUACGUCAAGCUGUGGAUCACGCUCAUCAAGUUCACGCCGCAGAUCCUGGCCAACUUUCGCAACAAGAGCACGGCUGGCUGGAGCAUCUGGCAGAUCCUGCUGGAUUUUGUCGGCGGCGUGCUGAGCGUCUCGCAGCUGCUGAUCGACAGCUCGCUCGGCGGAGACUGGAGUGGCGUCACGGGCAACCCGGUCAAGUUUGCGCUGGGGCAAGUGUCGAUGAUUUAUGAUCUGGUUUUCUUCGCGCAGCAUUAUGUGCUGUACAGGGGCAGCGAGGGGAAGACGGACGAGAGGGAGGCGCUACUUGAGGAUGGGAGGGAGGCACAUGGGAGAUUAGACUGA